AUUGUUACUGCCAAGUUGGUGUGUCGGUCCGAAAACUUGUACUAUACAUUAAUUCGCACCUAACUUUUUCAAAUCAAAAUCAAAAGGAAUGUUUGUAUCAUUUUAUUUUGAAUUACACAUCUUUUAUUAGGGACCAUGAUGGACCAAAUUUACAACUGUUGUGUUUAACACACUGAAAAGGAAACCUCAUCUAUAAUUCGAUUAUACUUUGUCAAGCUGGCAAACUCAGAUCGUUGCUUUCAUCAUAUCUAUUGACGUCCCGAUAUGAUACGAUUUGUCAUUAUCAUCUCAAACAUUCCGUGAGGUUUUCUUAUAGGUCUCUCGAGUCUCUUCUGCCUUGAAUUUGACGUUGAACUAUUUCUACAACUUGUUCCUUUUCAAUACUAGAUUUCAAAUGGCUUCAACUUGUCUAAAUGUUUCCGUACAAUAUAUACUUAUUACAUGUUUUUGUUACAACAUCUUAAACUUGUAGGGUUUGUUUGAUUGAUAACCCUAUGAGUAACAACAACGUGUACAUGUUUCAACCAUGAAUGUAACAUCCUUAGUUCCUUUCUGCUGUUUUUCACAUUGAAGAUCAUUUGUUCGUUAGGCUAAUAAAUAAUCAUUUUGGACUGUAGAAGAUUAGGGUUAACAAAUUAACCAAUGUUUUGAUAUUUCUUGUUUUGUAGAGGAAAAAAGAAAUUGAAAUAUCUUCGUCUCACUUUAGAAAUGGGCACAGCCUUGGAUCACUUACCCAAACAUUGGUCCAGUACUCAUUUAUGGGUAUACAAACAAAAAUAGAUGUUUAACUAUAAUGUCAUUUACUUGUAAAUGGGCCUAAAUAUUGACUUGUUUAUUUAUGGCUGUAUUAUUCGGUCAACUGCGACUUUUGUGGCCCACCUCGUAGCACCAGAAUUAACCCUUUUUCACCAAUCCCACUCUCCAAAAUUUAAAAUAUGCGAGUGCAUGUCGUUAUUAUUUUGUGGUUUGUAAACAAAUAGAGUAUUAACUUACCAUUCUUGCAAUCUAAGAGCUUGUUUCUUUAUUUUAUAUGCAAUCCAAUAUCGUAAACUCAAUAUUAUACAAUAUGUAUUUGUGGCAAUCCAUUGAUUAUGUGUAAUAUAGUCGCAUAACGCAUUGUGAUGUGAUAUGUUUGGUAAUUUUAAAAAUACAUGUGUGACAAUUUUUUGAUUAUGGUAGUACCGUUUAAAUUUAAUCUCGCUACGAAAAUAGUGCAAUUCAAUUAGUUAUGUCAGAUUUUAGAUUAAGUUAAUGUAGUAGUUAAAAUGGUGGAUCGUAACAUACAAUCAUUUAUUCUUUACAAUAAUUAAAAAAUUAGAAAGUAUUCAAAUUCAGUAUGAUACACUUUCGUGUUAAUCCAAUCUAUAAUACACUUUUUUCUUUGGAACCGGCCGGAUAAUCGGCAUGGUUUAUUCCAAAAAACCAAACAAUCUGUGUGAUAUAUAUGUUGUAUGUUAUAAUUUUGAGACUAUCUACUUUGACUAAUCAUUCAGUUUAAUAAUCUUAAUUUUGACCGGCCAGUUACAACACCAACCAUGCUUAACGGGUCAUUAUUGGAAUAUAUAGUUCUUCUCUAACCUUUUAAAAAUCGUAAUUUCAUGUGGUCUCAUGUGUUUUGUGCUUCUGUUAGAAUCACUUGUAUUAGAGAAUAAAAAAAGGAAUCACUUGUAAAAGACUAUCAUGUGUCUGGUUUAUUUAUUGAUGGAAUACUAUAUAUAUAUUAACAGUUGACAUAACAUCAAUUAACUAACAAAGAAUACAAAACAUUGUUGUGUUGAGCUCCUUGUCCAACUCUUUAUUUUCCUAUUAGUUAUGCUAGAAUAACGAAUUUGUGAAGAAACCAAAUCAAUUAAUUCAAAGUUAGUCAAAAUAAGCACCUUUAAUCAAAUAUUUUGUUCUCCAGUUAAAUGAUUAACCGAAAGACUGACUUAUAUUAUAUAUACACAUUUUCUCAUUCUAUGUAAGAACUAAAUAUGGAAAAUAUCACUCAUAUUAUAUUAUAUUAUAGUAUAGUAUAGUAUCUAAAAUGAUAAAUUUCCCAUAUACAUUAUAUGAUUAGCAACUACUCUUAAACAUAUAAAAUAAAUAAGCAAAAAAUCUAAAGAUAAAAUUACAUCCGGCCACUUAAAUAUUGAUAAAAAUAUGAUUAUAUUAGCAACAAUUUCAUAUAGUAAUAAAACUGAAUUAAUUAACUUGGUCACAUGAUAAUAUAUAAAAUACUAUAACUUGAUCGAGAGUGCAAUUACUAGCAAACAGUUAGCUUAAACUACUCUGACACAAAUAGGGGUAUUAUAUGACAGAAAAUACAUAAUGUAGAUGUAUUGAUUUGUAAAUACAUGUAUAAGAAACAAGUUUGACUUUGUAGUUGAGGAAAUCGAGCAGUGGUUAAGGAAAAAUUUAUGAUAGAUCGAUCACGUCACAUGCAAUCAUGCAUUACGCUAACUUCCUACAUUAUACAGUACUAUUAGUUUAAACGACUCAAACUUUAAUGUUCAUAUAUUAAUGUUUUUUUUUGCUAAAAAUCAAAACAUUCAUAUAUUAAUGUUUCUUAAUCGUUUCCUAGUAAGAGUCAUCUUCUCAACAUAAGAUUUGGAGAGGACUUUAUUAACUGGAUAUUUAGUUGUAUUUCAAUAGCUUUAUAUUUUCAUGUCUCAUUUAUUAGAAUGAUAUUCCUAAUAAUUAAUUAUAUAAAUACAUAUAUAUACACAUAUCGCACUGUGAGCUUUUGGGUAGGGUCCAUGUGAACAUAUUAUCUUACUAUAUAUGUCCUUGCAAAUUUUAUUAAAAUCCACCAUGAUUAUUUUUGUUAAAGAAAAUCCGCCACGAGUGUGUUAUUUAUAUAAGUUUAGUAUAAGAAUGAAAGAAAUUAUGCAAAGAGGGAUAAUUUGCACAACGAUCAAUACUAAAGCCUUUUCUACGAGGGUCCCUUUAUAGGGGAAACUACGAUCAGUGAACUUAACCGAAAACUGAAGAACAAUAAUUUUAUGUAUAUAAAGACAUUAUAAUGUGUUACGAAAAAAAAUAAAGACAUUAUAAUAGUACUCUUCUGCUUUUCAAAUCAAUUAUGCAACAAUCUUAUGAUAUACUCUCCCCGUUCCUAAAAGAUAGACUUUUUAGUAUUUUCACACAUAUUAAGAAAACACAUUAAACAAUUAUAAUAAAUGUAUCGUUUUCUGUAAUUUUUAAUAAUUUUUAACCAAUAGUAAUUCAAUAAAAUUAAUUAAUUUUUUUAAAAUUUACAUUUUUUCAUAGAAAACACAAAAAAUACAUAUUUCUGAUUUUUUUUAGAAAGUCCAUCAUUAAAAAACGGAUGGAGUAUAUAAUUAUAUGUAUGUCCUAGAUAAAUUUGAUCAAGAUAAUUUUUGUUGUAAAUCUGGUAUAUAUGAACGUAUUCAAAACGUUUUGUCAUGCCAAAGUGUAACGAUGUAUUUAGGAAAUCCUAAUUCGUUUUUCUGGAAACAAAAUCUAAAAUGUAGAAUUUUUUCUGUCUAUAUAUUUGAUUAUAUAAAAAAAUUGCUCUAUAUAUAUAAGUAAAUCUAUGUGAAAAAUGUUUAUAUAUUUAGUUAAUUAAGUUCUCCACUAACUCGAGUUCACGUCUACCUUUUAUUCUAUACUCGUAAUUUACGUCCACUUGAUUCCAUAUUCUCGAACCUCGCUAGCUUCCAAACAAUACUAUAAAUUAUGCUACUAAUAAUAUAAUUUCAUGAUAGAUGACAAUAAUACAUGAACUAGGCAUUAAUUCAUAGUUUUUAGAAGUAUAUACGAGGACUUAAACGACAUAAUAGCAAUAUUUAGCGCCAGCUAAUAAAACAGCCAAAUCGUGUAAAAGGUACGAUAUUACUUUUCGAUCAAAACACCUUUUGUAUUUAUUCAUUAUUGGAUGCCAUCGCUUUAUAAUUUAAUUGCAUUAAAGUAUGAAUUUUGCUUUGUAUAAGAAUGUGUACAUGUUUUUCUUUUUUUGAAAAGAGUAUGUAUACAUGUUUUCUGCAUUAUUAUGUCAUAUCUCAUACUACUUAUUUAUGAAUGCAAUUAUAUAAACGAAAACAGGUUAGAUACUCAUUUCAAAAAUAGGUAUAUCAAUUAACGAAUUUUAAAGAAUUUUAUGGCAAAUUCAUAGCAGUAUGUGGGCAAUAGAAUUAAAUUCCCAUUACUAACUUAUAUAAAGAAAUAAGUAAAUUUUGUAAACAAAAUUCCAUCACUAAAUAAAAAGCUAGAUUCAAGAAAGAAAAAAAGCUUUUGAUUUAGUAAAUACUUUGCUAAUACUGUAUAAUAUUUCGUAAAUUUGUAAACCAAAACCAGUAAAAGAAAGACGUGGUUUGGUUAAUAUACGGUUAUGAAUGCAACAAUAGUGAUCCAAAUGUAUCUAGUAUAUCGUGAAAAUGUUAAUACAAAUUAUAUAAAACCGUAACAAAUCGUAUCAAGAUGCUUUUCAACAAACAAAAGAAAAACGUCUCGUUAUAUGAAAAUAGGGAAACGUGAAACUCUAACUAAACCUAUUAAAUUUUGUAGCUAAUGGGAAAAAAGAUUCAUGCACAUAUCUAUAUGUCAUUUCCCCAUGAAUACUUUUUUUCCCCAUCUUAUUCUCUAAUUUGAAGUUAGUGGAUUACAUCCAUGCAUGCGUAUAUACUUGUACUUCCCAUAACAUUAUAUAUGUAUUACAAAGUUUAGUAAUUCAAAGAACUUUUUAACCUAGGUACAUAAUGAUAUAUUUAAGUAACCCUAAUAUUAUAGUAUAUACGUAUUUGUUGUUUAUAUGAUAAUAAAUAAUAGUAAAAUUGCAUUUAGGGAAUGAGUGCCGAUUUAAUUUUAGUUUUUCCAACGAAAGUCAAUUUAGUGUAUUACAUGGAAGUGACAUUUCUUUAACUAUUAUCAACAUCCACUAAAUCUUAAUAAAUUGGGAAAAGAAGCAAUACACUUCCAACUAUUUAUUCCCUUUGGUAAAACCUUUUGAAAAGAAACUAUUCCCCUUACAGGUUUAAAAUAUAUAUUACUCCCUCCGUUCCUAAAAGAUGUAUGUUCUGGAAAAAAAAUUUGUUUUAAAAAGAUACAUUUUUUAAGUAUGAUUUUAUAAAAAAUUGUAAGUUUCAAAAAAAUUAAUGGUGUUUAUUAAAUUUCUAUUGGCUAAAAGUUAUAGAAAAUUGUUAUUCACAAAAAACAAUGCAUAUUUAAUGAAUUUUCUUAGUAUAUGUGAAAAAUCUAGAAUAUGCAUCUUUUAAAAACAGAGAGAGUAUGUCACAAGCUUAAAAGAAACUAAUAUGAAACUUGAAAGUACCUAAAAGAGCAAAAAAACAAAAACAAAAGAGAAACUAUAAAAAGAGAAUUAUCUUCAAAAAAAACUAUAAAAAGAGAAUCGCAAUAAUAAAAAUGGUAUUUAAAAUUAAGAAAGUUGCAUUUUGAUUUGAUGUGGUUAGUUAGCCGGCGGAGGAGUUCAGAUUGGGCCAAAACUCUCCACGUGGUUGAGUAUUUGUGAGCAUGAUGUGCCACGUGGAUUCAUAUAACCAAUGAUUAACGUGGAAGACAUUAAAUGCUUCUAUUAGGUUAGUAAUAAUAACGAACCAGUGGGAUUAAUUAUAAAUGGAUAACAUUUAGUUAGCAAGAAAAACAAAACACAAUUAAAUUGCAAUAACAUAGAAAACUAUUUGAAUAGAUGUAUAUGUAAUAUGUAUAGUGGAGAAGUUGAGAAUCUAUAAAGAAAAAAACAAACAAAGAGUAUGUUUAUUGUAAGCCUCUUAAAAGUUAAGAGAUCAUAUCUUGUAUUAUGAUGAGAAAUCUAAUCUAAAAGACCUACAAUAAAUAUGAUCUGAAAGUAUUUUUAUCGCAGGGGUUGAGAGAAGGUUUUUAGUGUAAACCUCACAAAAAAGCAAAAAAACCGUUGCUUAAAGCCUCCAAAUAAGCACCAAUUUAAAUGGGUUUCUUGCACUAUUUUCGGAUUCCACUGACAUGUGACGGUUCGCGAUUGAUUCGAUUUUUAAUUUUUAUUUUUUUCUAAUUAGACAAAAGAAAGGAAAAUAAGAAUUCCAAAUGGGUUUGAUGAGAUAAAGAUGCUCUAAGAAACUAUUAUAUAUGUCAAUACAAUCCCUUCUAAAGGGUUAGUUAUUUCUUCAUAUGUUUCGACGCAUUGGAUUAUACAUUUAAUAACCAACAAAAUUUAUACUAUUUUUCUUCUAACAUACAUGUAUACCUCAGUUUAUUUAGCGCAAUCACCGAAGAAAAGAAUAUUUCAAAAUCCGUUCCCAUGAUCCCAUCAACAUAACAAAACAUCUAAAUAUAUAACAAGCACGAGUAAAAAGUACUACUACGUUAUAUGAGUACCAUUAUUACCAUAUGUAGUAUGUACUAUGCCAUGCAUAUAUAAACCUAUCAUACGUACUAUUUAAACUCGUCAAAUUUGCGGAAGUAUAAUACGGACUGGACCAAACGAUCAGUAAACACACCUAUCACUCAUUAUCUUUUGGUCCAGACUUCAAUUUAUUACUCUUUCACAUCAGUAAAUUUCAAGUAAAUUUUAUAAUUAAAAUAGACGGGAAUCAACAUCAAGAACCAGUAAUCAGAUUGCGGGGUGAUCAAUUAAAUUAUCAGCAAAAAAAUGUAAACAAAGACGGCAAAUAUAUGAUUAAUGAUUUUUGUGAGAUACUAUUUUCUAAGUUACACAUAAUACAACAAGAGAAUCGAAUAAUUCUAUUGAAAAAGGUGUAAAUAAUGUUUAUGUAUUUCACAUUUCAAGCAAAAGCAUAUGACAAAAGUUAGGUCCUAAAUAAACUAUUGCGUACAAAUUAUUCUCAGUGAUAAAAAUAACCAGUCCUAAGAAGACGCAAACCACAUGCAUCCUCCUAAUAACUGGACUCCUAUAAAUACACACAUCUUCUCCCUCCAAAUCCAAACCAACAGAUCUCAUUUAACAUACAACAACAACAAAAACAUUCAACUUCACUACCUAUACUCUCAAAUUGAUCAAAAACCCACCCCAAACAUACUUAUCAAACCCACUUCAAAAAAUGGAGAAUAAUAUGUUUAGCCUAAUGGCAAGUGAAGAAUAUUCAUCAGACCGUCGGUGUAUUUGGGUCAACGGUCCGGUUAUCGUCGGUGCCGGUCCGUCCGGUUUAGCAACAGCAGCUUGUCUACGUGAUGAAGGAGUCCCAUUCGUCGUGGUCGAAAGAUCAGACUGCAUAGCUUCACUAUGGCAAAAAAGAACAUACGACAGACUCAAGCUUCACUUGCCCAAGAAGUUUUGCCAAUUACCAAAAAUGCCCUUCCCUGAUCACUACCCUGAAUACCCAACAAAACGACAGUUCAUCGACUACCUUGAGUCCUACGCAAGUCAUUUCAAGAUUAAACCGGAGUUUAAUAAAUCAGUCGAGUCUGCUCGGUUUGAUGAAACCAGCGGGUUGUGGAGGGUUAGGACGACUUCUGCCGGAGAGGAGAUGGAGUAUAUUUGCCGGUGGUUGGUGGUGGCGACGGGAGAAAACGCCGAACAAGUUGUGCCGGAGAUUAAGGGGCUUAAGACGGAGUUCAACGGAGAAGUGAUCCACGCUUGUGAGUAUAAGUCCGGCGAGAAGUUUAGAGGGAAAAGAGUUCUUGUCGUGGGAUGUGGAAACUCAGGCAUGGAAGUGUCUCUUGAUCUUGCUAAUCACAAUGCUAUUACUUCCAUGGUCGUUCGUAGCUCGGUUCAUGUGUUGCCGAGAGAAAUAAUGGGGAAAUCAACAUUUGGAAUCUCAGUGAUGUUAAUGAAGUGGCUACCUCUAUGGCUAGUAGACAAGCUUAUACUGAGCUUAUCAUGGCUGGUUCUUGGAAGCUUAUCAAACUACGGGCUUAAGAGGCCCAACAUAGGCCCAAUGGAGCUGAAAAGCAAGACGGGAAAGACGCCGGUUCUCGACAUCGGUGCACUGGAGAAGAUAAAGUCCGGCGACGUAGAAAUCGUCCCUGCGAUCAAACGGUUCUCACGAAGCCACGUGGAGCUCGUAGAUGGACGAAAGUUAGAUGUUGAUGCGGUGGUUCUAGCCACCGGUUAUCGCAGCAACGUCCCUUCUUGGCUUCAUGAAAGUGAGUUCUUUUCGAAGAACGGGUUCCCGAAGUCACCAUUUCCACAAGCUUGGAAAGGGAAGUCGGGUUUAUAUGCGGCUGGAUUCACGAGGAAAGGGCUGGCCGGAGCAUCUGCGGAUGCUGUUAACAUAGCUCAAGAUAUUGGUAAUGUGUGGAGAGAAGAGACUAAGCGACAGAAGAUGAGAAGAAAUGUAGGUCACCGCAGAUGUAUCUCAGUUGCUUGAGCUUCAAGUUACUAUGUUUAUUUGUAAAAAAAAGAUACUAAUAUGAAAGAUAGAGUCAAGAGAGCACUCUACUGAAGUCCCUGACAGUGUUUUGUAAUUAUACAGCUGUAUGGACGUUUUGUAUAAUUAGGAUGACAUGGCUUUUAAACAUAUAUACUUCAUUUUGUAA